AUGUUGGCGGCGGUGGGCUCCCUGGCGGCCGCCAUCUGGGGCGUGCUCCACCUCAGAACUCUUCUCCUGGAGCUGCUGUCUUCCUGUUCUUUGCAGAUUUCUUCAAAAGGAGGCGCCCCCAAAAUUUCCCUCCUGGGCCCUGGCGCCUGCCUUUCCUGGGAAACUUCUUCCAACUGGACUUCGAAAAGACUGAUCUGGCGCUUCACCGGGGGACACUGGUAUGGCCCCCAGGCUGCAGCUGGGAAACUGAGGGAACCCUGCCUUCCACUUCUUCCUUCUGACUUCCCUGCCUCACCCAUUUCUCCUUUCACCUGCUUCAAUACAGGAUUAAUGGCAUCCAGUGGCCAAAUAUGGAAGGAACAAAGAAGGUUCACCCUGACCAUGCUAAGGAACUUCAGUUUAGGAAAGAAGACCAUUGAGGAACGCAUCCAGGAAGAAGCCCACCACCUUGCUGAGGUCAUAGCAAAGGAGAAAGGACAGACUUUCAACCCUUACUUCAAGAUCAACAAUGCCAUUUCCAAUAUAAUUUGCUCCAUCAUCUUUGGGGAGCGCUUUGAUUACCAGGAUGCUGAGUUUCAGGAGCUGCUGAGGUUACUGGAUGAGGUUACCCAUUUGGAAGCAUCUCCUAUGUGCCAAAUAAUGGAAUUCCUCCCUGUACCUCAUCAUACUCUCUUCAGAGGCUGGGAUGAACUGAAAUCAUUUGUCUGUCAUGUGAUUAAAAAUCAUGGGAGAGACUGGAAUCCUGAUGAGCCAAGAGAUUUUUAUUGACACUUACCUCAAGGAAAUGACACAGGUGAGAAAAGCAAAGUUUGUUUCCAUGUUGUGUUUUUAAAGAACAAAGAGCAGCAUGUUAGUUUCCAGACACAUUCAACCCAGAGAAUUUCCUGGAGAAUGGACAGUUUAAGAAAAGGAAAUCCUUUUCUCACUUUUCUCGUCUUUCUCACUGGGUGAGUUGCUCUUAUCAGGAGUGAGAUCACAGGAGUUCCUCCCUCCAGUCUUCCUCCUCUUCUCUGUAGUCCAUUGCUUUGAAUAAGAUUCUUCCUCAUGGCCCGGGUUGGCAUGAUUCCAUGUGCACUCAUUCCUAGAAGCAAGCAUUAUCCUGAUACCAAAGCCAGAGAAGGAACCAAACAAAAAUGGGAAGAACAGGAAAAUUGUCCUAGUGAACAAAAUUGAAAUAUCCUCAAUAAGAUACUGGCAAAUAAAGUGAGUCAUCAAGAAUAUAAUACACCAUGACCAACUAUGAUUCAUCUGAAGAAUGCAGGGAUGGUCAACCAUACACAAGUCAAUAAAUAUAAUAUAUCAUAUUAAAGAA